AUGUUCCUUAUGGACGGUGCAGACCAAACAAUUGAGGGAUUAUGGCGAGCUAACUACCUAAGUAUGGACGUGCUGAGCACUCGCACCCGCUCCCCACCAGGAACCAUUUCGGGAAUUCUGACCAGUGACUUGAUGCGUCGUAGUGUGAUGGAUCAGGUGGUGACUGGACACCAUAUCUACGAAACCAUAGUGGCUGAUGAGAUCUGCAACAGAAUGUGUAACAACUUCUCCAUAAACAUUAAUGGUGUUGACACUUCAACCAUUGUCAUCAUGGGGUCUGAUGUUACUUUCCUUGACAAGAAGACUUUUCCCAACAUGAUGGUUACUGGGACCAUGGAUAUUGAAACUAUUAAUAAUGUGGUGUUGAGCCAGCUGGCAAGUCAGGUGGUGUAUACAGACCUAGGACCAAAGCUGACACUGGUGGGGAACUACACCCUGGGCCGCGUCACUGUGAGGGGCAACGUGGCAGCUUUUUCCAUCAAUGGCAUCAAUGUUGUUGAGCUCGACAGUAGCGUUGUCAAGAAAUACGGCAACUACAGGAUGGCAGGUGGUCUGGUGUACAGAGAGGACUUGGUGGUGACGAACUCGGUUGUGUCGGAGACCAUCAACGACGUGCUGUGGUCGAACAUAGUGGACCGGAGCUCUCCAGACAAAAUCACUGGCACUUAUCAUUUCUCGGAGGUGACCGUGACUGGCUCGCUAGACUCUGACGACAUCAAUGGUCUGGAUCCAAGUGAGGAAGCUGUUCUGGUGGACAUGAGCCAGACAAUAAAUGGUCGCAUAAAGUUUCAAGAGUCUGUGAGUGUGACUGGGGUAGAGGGCGUGGUGAUGGAGGAGGGAGGAACCGUAAAUAAUGUCGACCCCUCCAGCCUGCAGCCAGAGUUUGGUGGUAUGGGAGACUUGAUCAUUGACCAAGAGACAAGCUUCUCCAGACCUCUACUUUUGUCUGGUAGUGUGACCGCACGAAGAGUCAAUGGCUUGAUGCUGGACAACUUGGGUGGUCGCUAUUGGCGCAAAUCGCUUGAUCAGGACAUUAACGUUUAUGUUCACCUAAACAACGCUGUCUUCGAAAGUGCAGUCACUGGGGAAACGCUUAAUGGGUGGAUGAUGAGUGACUUCCUCCACAAGAGGGGCCAACAGGUUUUGUCUACGGACUACAUCUUCCAGGGUGGAGUGGUGGUACAAGGGAACUUGCUGAUGGCCAAAGGCAGCACGGUGGACCAGGUGGACGUUUCUGAACUUCUGGACAAUGUGGUGACCUUACAAGGCUACCAGACAAUUACUGGACAAAUGAAUUUCCUUGGUAAAGUGAGUAUUGUUGGAGAUCUUGACCUGCGAGGCUUGCUCAACGGUCUGGAUAUUGCAACAGACCUCAUGAGACUUGAUAAAAACCUUCCACAGACUGGCCAACUGACCUUCAUGAACAAAGUGGAUAUGAUGACAUUAAAUGUAAUCAAUAUUGAUAUGACUGUUGAGAGUCUGAAUGGUCUGGACGUGGAGGCUGCUGCAGGUGACCUCGUACUGUUGGGUCAAGAUGCUACCAUAAUGGGAGCUGGUGGCCUCCGCUUCACUGGGGAUGUUCAUGUUAACAAGCUGAUGGUAAAGGGGAUGGUGGAUGGAGUAGACAUUGAGAACAUGGUAAACCGAGCUCUUAAGAAGUCUUCAGACACACCACAACACGUUACUUCAUCAGUCACUGUCGAGGGAGAUGUCCACUUUGUACAGGAGCUAUCACUGGGCACAGUUAAUGGAGAAGAUUGGACUCGACAUCUGAACAAUGUGGUACUGCUCAACUAUAGCGGAGAGAUCGUGGGGCGGAAGAUCUUCACUCGGCCACUGUACAUUCAGGGAGACUUCUACCCAAAGACCAUAAAUGGCAUAGACGUGAGUGCUCUUGCUGCCAGAAUACUGAGGCGGUCUGGUGAACAGGUGGUAUAUGGGGCCUACACCUUCACCAGUGAUGUUGUUGCGGAGGAGUUGGUAGCCCCAGUGAUCGAUGGGGUUAAUAUGGACACAAUAAUGUUGGUGGACGAGGGCGGACAUGUGGGUGGCACUGUGACCUUCGCCAAGGACGUUUCCUUCGUGGGACUAACUUCGGAUACAAAUGUCCUAGAUGGUUGUAAUGUGGGAAAGCUUCAAAAUGGGGCGAUCUGGAAAGACCACUCCGAUAUGAUGAUAGACUCUGUCGUCAUAAUAGACACACUCGUGGUUGAGGGAGAUGCAUAUGCUGAUAAUGUUUGGGCGAUGAAGUCUGGUAACAUAGUUGAUGUAAACCAUUUCCUGAAGACUCUUGUCCUGAAGUCUUCUGACCAGGUUAUUACAGCCAAGAUGCAGUUCCUUAAUGAUGUCCACAUAGGUCAUCUACAAGUGGACACCAUCAACAAUGUGGACAUUAAUGAACUGUUUCGCUCGAGUGUAAUGCAGAAUGAAGACAUGGAUAUAGUGUGUGAUAUAAGCUUCACCAAAGGCUUGACAGUGAAGAAUUUAGAGGUGAAGGCAGCACUCUCAGGCCGUGGUGGUGGAGGAGUGUUGGUGAACGGUGUUGACGUCUCGGACAUACACGCCCGUGCUGUUUUGGCCAAUGGAGGUUCAGUUGUCAUUACAGGCCUGAAAUCCUUCCUUAAUGGUUUCUCUGUUAAUCAUCUCAAUGCUGUGCGGGUGGGAGGUGUGGCAGUUCGGGACCUGGUGGUGUUGUCCGGAGGUCUUGCCGUUACUCAACACCUCAUAUUUACUGCCCCCAUCGCCGUUCUGGGACACCUUUUGGUGUCCGGUAGUGUGGACGGGGAGGACCUGAGUUACCUCUUCUCCACCAGGGUUUUGUUGGAUGCUACACAAACAUUACUUGGCUUCUAUACUUUUGAAAAUAUUGUAAUUGAAGGUGACCUGGAGGUGAGCGUCAUCAACAACGUGUCUAUAUCCGAUCUGGUGUUGAGGUACGGCAGUGAUCACCAGGUGGUGUCUGGUACAAAGAUCCUGAGGGGCGGACUUCACGUCUAUGGUGACAUCAUCGCCUCUACUGUUAAUGGAAUAGACUUUUGGAACCUCAAUAACUCGCUGGUCAUUAUGGACAAUGACGUAACCUUCACAGCUCCUGUGACAUUUGAGAACCUGGUGACGUGUCUGGUGAAGGUGGAUGUGACCGACAGAGUCAAUGGGCUGGACAUGUUGCAGUUGAGUCGUGACAUUGUUACGGUCAAAGAGAAGAUCAGUAACCAGUACCACAAGAUUGACCUUCUCCUCAGGCAGUUUGGUUCACUGAAUGAAGAAAAUUAUAUGAAUGCCAGAGAAUUGUAUGCGGAGUUAUCAUACCUGGAGAGGAUGGAGUUUCCCCGAGACACAGAAGUAUACGGUGAGCUGUGGGUUGGGCACAUUGCUACGGAGGGAGAGGAUCUAUUCCUCAAAAUCAUCAGUUGUCCAAACCCUCCAUGUGGCUGUGAUACAGAGUGUCAUUACUAUAAGGUAAAGGGUAAUGGUUGGCUGGAACCUGUGGCUCAACUCAGCAUAAAGGUAGAUGUUGUCAACCAUCCCCUAAAUGACCAGCACUUUGUGGCAAUAUACUCCAGAUGUGAAAAUGGUCAACCAAUAGCCAGAGUGGAUAUAGACUACUAUUUGGGCACGUCGCCCAUUGCCACGUACGAUGUGAUGGGCAUGGUGUCUGGCACGGGUUUAUUCAUAAUAAAUGAGAUGAAUUACUUGGUUGUUAUGCUACAGGUUGUAGAUGGUAAAGAUGCUACAGAGAAGACAGUAAUAUUUGUCCUCAAGCUUGAUGCUGUGGGAAAAAGAAUAAUUAACACCUGGAGUAGAGAAUUUACCAAAAAAGCCGCUGGUAUGGACUUGGCUCUCAUUGACAACACCUGGUUCUUGCUUGUGGCCAGUAACUAUGAUCCUAUGGACAAAGUUACUCCUUACACUGUUACCUCAGAACUCUUCAUCUGGGAAAUGUCUUCAGAAAUGUUUACAAUGGUGGGAGAGUAUGUGGCCGACCAUACAAGCUCGGGCAUGUUCCUGACUGUUGACAUGCCUGUGGGGGAGAGUUUCUUUACUCUGGCACAGCUCAAGGAAGCGGACUCUGUAUAUUUUCCGGAUAACGUCAAAUAUACAGCGCAAGUGUUGGUAUUCCGGUACAAUAAAGUUAACAAGAACUUCGAGGCUUUCCAGUCUCUAGCAGCCUUUGGAGUGGUUGACCAAACCCUGUUGGUUGUGGACAACAGCGUCUACCUGCUGCUGGUGUCGACUGUCCACAACUGUCUGUAUGUGUUUGAGUAUUACCAUCCUGAGGGGUUCAUGUUGGUGUACAAGAUAUAUGUGGAGAAUCCCUAUUCCUUGAUAAUUCUGGAAGUGGAGGACUGUACUCUGGUGGCUGUGUCAACAUCAAAUGGCCUUGUGAGGUUCAAGGUCCACAUCAAGGGGGUGGAUCCAGAUUCUUUGUUGAUAAAAAUUUAGGGUUUGUCGAGGUGACGGCUGCUCUGUAUGUUCUGGCAGUGUUUGCCAAGGAGUUGUAAAAAUUUUUAUAUUAAUAUCUAAACCCUGACUGA